GGCGGCGGGUGGAGGAGGCGGCGGGUGGAGGAGGCGGCGGCGGGAUGGAGGGGCUCAUCCCGCUGGUCAACCGGCUGCAGGACGCCUUCGCGGCGCUGGGCCAGAACUGCCUGCUCGACCUGCCACAGAUCGCGGUGGUGGGCGGGCAGAGCGCCGGCAAGAGCUCCGUGCUGGAGAACUGCGUCUCCAGGGAUUUUCUUCCACGAGGUUCUGGAAUUGUGACAAGACGACCAUUGGUCCUGCAACUCAUCACUGCCAAAACAGAGUAUGCUGAAUUUCUGCACUGCAAAGGGAAGAAAUUUACUGAUUUUGAUGAAGUUCGUCAGGAAAUCGAAGCAGAAACAGAUAGAGUAACAGGAAUGAACAAAGGCAUUUCUUCAAUUCCUAUUAAUUUAAGAGUAUAUUCUCCACAUGUCUUAAGCCUGACCCUUAUUGAUUUGCCGGGAAUCACUAAAGUGCCAGUAGGGGAUCAGCCUCCAGAUAUUGAGCAACAGAUCAGAGACAUGAUAAUGCAGUUCAUAUCCCGGGAAAACUGUCUCAUCCUGGCUGUGACUCCAGCGAACACUGAUCUGGCCAACUCUGAUGCCCUGAAGCUGGCGAAGGAAGUGGACCCUCAGGGCCUUAGGACCAUUGGUGUGAUCACAAAAUUGGAUCUGAUGGAUGAAGGAACAGAUGCGAGAGAAGUUCUAGAAAACAAACUACUCCCUCUUCGUAGAGGUUAUAUUGGUGUUGUAAACAGAAGCCAGAAGGACAUUGAUGGGAAGAAGGACAUAAAAGCAGCUCUUCUAGCAGAAAGGAAAUUCUUUCUUUCCCACCCGUCCUACAGGCACAUGGCAGAUCGGAUGGGAACGCCGUAUCUCCAGAAAGUUCUAAACCAGCAACUUACCAAUCAUAUUCGGGAUACUCUGCCAGCCUUCAGAAGCAAACUCCAGAGCCAACUGCUUUCUAUAGAACAUGAAGUAGAGGUAUACAAAAACUUCAGACCAGAAGAUCCAACCAGAAAAACAAAAGCCUUGCUGCAGAUGGUACAACAGUUUUCAGUGGACUUUGAAAAAAGAAUCGAAGGAUCAGGAGAUCAAGUUGAUACACUAGAACUUUCAGGAGGUGCCAAAAUCAACCGAAUUUUCCAUGAACGUUUUCCUUUUGAACUAGUGAAGAUGGAAUUCAACGAGAAGGAACUGCGGAGAGAAAUAAGUUAUGCCAUCAAGAACAUACAUGGUAUCAGAACAGGUUUGUUUACUCCAGAUAUGGCGUUCGAAGCCAUUGUUAAAAAACAGAUAGUUAAGCUGAAAGGACCUUGCUUAAAAAGUGUGGAUCUGGUGAUGCAAGAGUUAAUCAACACUGUCAAGAAGUGCACUAAAAAGUUGGCAACUUAUCCAAGGUUGUGUGAGGAAACAGAAAGAAUUGUUGCGGGUUACAUUCGUGAAAGAGAAGAGAAGACCAAGGAUCAGAUGCUGCUGCUGAUUGAUAUUCAGGUUUCUUACAUCAACACCAACCAUGAAGAUUUUAUAGGCUUUGCAAAUGCCCAACAAAGAAGCAGUCAGGUUAACAAAAGUGCAGUGGGAAAUCAGGGAACCAAUCUACCGCCUUCAAGGCAAAUUGUCAUUCGGAAAGGCUGGCUGACCAUCAACAAUAUUGGCAUCAUGAAGGGAGGAUCCAAGGAAUACUGGUUCGUUCUAACCGCGGAAAGCUUGUCCUGGUAUAAAGAUGAUGAGGAGAAAGAGAAGAAAUAUAUGCUUCCUUUGGACAACUUGAAAGUGCGAGAUGUUGAAAAGAGCUUCAUGUCAAGCAAACAUAUCUUUGCAUUGUUUAACACGGAGCAGAGGAAUGUUUACAAGGAUUACCGUUUCCUUGAGCUAGCCUGUGACUCCCAAGAGGAGGUGGAUAGCUGGAAGGCAUCUCUGCUACGAGCCGGUGUCUAUCCUGAUAAAUCCUCAGGGAGCAACAAAACUGAAAAUGAGGAGAAUGGCCAAGCAGACAAUUUUUCAAUGGACCCCCAGCUGGAGAGACAGGUGGAGACAAUUCGAAACCUUGUGGACUCCUACAUGUCUAUUAUUAACAAAUGUAUCCGAGAUUUGAUACCGAAAACAAUCAUGCAUCUUAUGAUCAAUAACGUAAAAGAAUUUAUCAACGCAGAGCUCCUGGCUCACUUGUAUUCUUCUGAGGACCAAAACACUCUGAUGGAGGAGUCGGCUGAGCAGGCGCAGCACCGGGAUGAGACGCUCCGCAUGUACCAGGCACUGAAGGAAGCCCUGGCAAUCAUUGGGGACAUCAGCACUAGCACUGUCUCAACCCCUGCUCCCCCUCCCGUGGAUGACUCGUGGCUUCAGCAGGCCCGCAGAUCACCUCCUCCAAGUCCCUCAACUCCAAGGAGACCGACAUUAAACAAUCCCCCAACCAGACCUUUAUCUGGCCGAGGACCAGCUCCUGCAAUCCCAUCUCCAGGCCCUCAGUCGGGGGCUCCCCCGGUCCCGUUCCGCCCAGGACCACUUCCUCCAUUCCCAAGUGCUGGAGAAGCCCAUGGAGGACCUCCCCAGGUUCCCUCCCGGCCCACCCGGGCUCCUCCCAGUGUCCCAAGUCGAAGACCACCCCCUUCACCUACUCGGCCCACUGUAAUUCGUCCGUUAGACUCAUCCCUGUUAGACUAAAAGGAGUUUCUGGCAUGUCAUUCAUUGUUAACCAAAUAUGUGGAACAAAUUGCUUGAUAACUGUCGCAAUAACCAAUGUAUAGUCGCAUGUAUGGACAUCUAUAGGCAAGUAACCAAUAUACUCUCUGUCCAUUCUGCAUUGUUUAUGAGGUCUUAAAUGUUUUGGGAAGGUCUGUGCUGCCUUGACUUUUCCUUUUGCAAUAACUGGUGUUAGCUAACUUACUGACACGUAUCUUCACCCAGGCAACUGUGCUCACUGUCCUCUACAGCAAAUGGAGGGCUUGACUUUGUGUAUGUUUGUGCAUGUGUUGAUUUGAUCUCCUGCUUUUUUCCUCUUAUCUGAAAGGAAUAUUGCUUUUAUUUGUACCUUCCAAGUUAUCUAUCAUUUAGAAUUAGAGUUAUGCCAAUUUUCUCUUGUAAUGGAUAAACUGGGCAAAGAAAAGCCAUGUGAUUUCUUACCAAGCUCUUCUGAAGGCCCCACACUUCCAUGUCUCCCUUGAAAGAAGCUUGCUUCUCCUAUAAAUUCUCCUUAUCCAAAGUCUAGUGUUAAGGGUUGUUGUUAAACAAGAAGGGUGUGUGUGGGACAGCACGUUUCACUUUAUUUCCACACUGGCAGCUGACAUGCCAGGUUGGUUGGGUUGGUAAGGACCAGGCUGCUGCCCCAGCUCACAGGGCUUGGUGUGGAGCUGCCUGACCCUGCAGCAAGGAUGGGAAAGGGUGGUUUGAAGAGCCAGCACAUGACAGAGCAGUGUGUCCUAGCUUGCUUUGUCCUCCUCUAGUGCUUGCUCACACUUACACUCCCACUCAAGGGAAGCCCUGGGCAUAUGUGAGUGCGUAUAAAUGUGCUGUGUGGCAGGAUCCCGGGAACCGAGCGCUGCUUUUGGCCAUUUUAUGGAACAGAAGGGGAUAUAGAUACAGAUAUAUACAUAUAUGCACAGCUGGACAUGGGCUACCACUCCUCUGCCCACUGUGUGAGCCAAUUCACAGAGCUCCGGCCCAGACUGGCAGCUGAGCUUCCCAAGGGUCUGGUUUGGAUUUGAGAUAUUUGCGAUAUUUUGUCGUGCCAGUUGAUAAAGUUCCCCCUGUAUGAAUAUUUUCUUUUUGGAUCACUUGGUCCUGCACACCUUGUUUUAGGGUUGCUUUAUCCAUCUAGCUUCUUGGAAGUGCUCAGCUGUGCAUCCUGGCAAUGGAUUAUUUUAGCAGCUGCUCACUUGCAGAGGUCCUCUCUGCCUCUUGUUUUGCACAUUAUAUAUUAAUGUGUUAUAAAAACCUUUUGUCUUAACUGCAUUACUUCACUUUAAACACUUAGGGUCAGCGUCACCCUUAAAGCUUAAAAUUUACUGAGUUAAGAGAAUUAAACUAGAGAGGAAUUUGGCCUUGUUCCUUCAGAAAAUGUGAAUUGCUGCUAUUGCAAUUAUGGUUACAGAUCCCUAGGCAAAGCAAUUGGUGGUUUCAAAGGCCCUCAGUAUAAUCAGUCUAAUAAAUGUAUUUAUUGAAACUGCAUGUAGGGCUCCAGUAUGCUGUAGCCCCUUGGUUAGGAAGAAUCCAAUCAAAGAGCAACAACCAAUUGGGAUUUAGCCUAUUAAAUAUUCCCAGGCUGCUGAUUAGCUGUGCUCACCACUGCAGCAAAUUGUGUUUCAGCUUGCAUAAGAGAGACAUGCUUGGGAAAGCAUGAUGAUUUGUAUGUUAGCUUAACUUUAAUUUCCUGUCAACCUCAUACUUGUGAGACAUGCCUGGGGAGUGUAGAGGUCACAUCUGAUGCACAGUGAAGAUGGAGUUUGUCAGAGCACCAGCAUCUUGGUGAUCUCAGAAAUUGCUUAAGUGGCUGGUGUUUGUUUGGGGAACAGGCUCAGAUCUCCAACACCAAGUGCACAGAAUCAGCUUUCAAGGAAGAAGAAGGUUACAAACACAACUACAGUCAUAGUGAUUUUUACUACAAAAAAGAAAACAUAUAUUUUUAUGAUUUUUCUUGUGUUCUACACAGUUUUCCACUGCUCAGUGUUCUCUGCUGUAACCUGUAAUGCAUCUGUUGGAUAUAUUUUUAUAAAUAGCCAUAGCAGUCCAUGCUGCUGCCUUGCAAGCAAACCUGUAUGUAGUUUAUCAGAUCUCUGUUACUGACUGGCAGCUGCCUGCUGAUAGAAAGCCAAGCAUAGUGCCUCAGCCACAGAAAGUGACUUUAAUCCCAAAUUUUUAUAUUCAUUCAGUGAUAGAAAUGUUCAUGACUAGGCUGGAUGGGGUUCUGAGCGACCUGGUCUGGUGGAAGGUGUUCCCCCAUGGCAGGGCGGCUGGAACAAGAUGAACUUUAAGGUCUCCUCCAGCUCAAUCCAUGCUGUGGAUGCAAGACCGUGGUCUGGGUUUAUCCCACCAUACCCCGUACACUCAGCUUUGUUGUCCAAGGUCCCCUUUGGUCAGUGGGAAGAGACAUCACCUCUAGGAGGUGAUUCAGACCAGUGUGGCUACACAGAACUCGAGGGUGGUAAUGCCUCAAUUAGAUGACAGAGAUCCUGGCCUAAAAACAUGUUUUUAAAUUCUCUGUACUUGAGACUCCUUAAUUUACUUUAAUGACUGUUUCUGCCAAGCAUAAGGAAGUAGGUAGCACAAUUCAGCACUGUCCUUAACUCUGCCCCCCAAGAAACUGUAUUUCUCAGCAGAAUUGUAAAUGAAGCUCUCAAGGGUGGAUUUACCCAAAAGAGGAGGAGGAGGCAGUGAGGCGCCAGCACCAUCUGCUUCUGUGCUCGAUGCCGAGGUCGUGGGACACAGCUGCACAGCCCUCCUUCCUCUGCAUCCUCAUCCAGAUCACAUCUAAAUCUGGCCCUGUGCCCUAAAUGCAACACUUUUAGGUGUGCAGGUUAAUAAAUAACUGUGAGCACAGAUCCAGAGUUCAAUAAUUUCACCUCUUCUUGCGUAUAUGCUUUUCAGAAUAAACUAUGUAGAAUUGUUUCUAGGAAAAACACUAAGAGCUUCUCAAGAAAUUGCCACAUCCAAUUGAGUAAGUACUGUCCUCCAACCUUGGCCCACUUCCUCCUGCUCUGCAGUGCCUGGAAUGGGUUUGUUUGUCCCGCUCACUCCUGAAGCUGACGAGUCGUGCCAGUCCUGUCCCUUGUUCUCAGAGGAGCAGCCUUGGCAGCAACUCCCUCCCUGCCCAAAGGACAGCAGGAUGAGCACCUUGUGGAUCUGCUAGAGGGACUGGCUUCUCACACUGGCCAUUGCCCCCUCUGCAGACCCACUUACCCAGGAUGAGCCAGGUCUGAACUCUCUAUCAGAGAAAAGGCAGGUUGCUCUCCCUUUCUUUGAUUCCCUCUGGCAAAGCUCAGAAGACUGUCAGGGAGGAGUGGAGCACUAAUUAAGCAACAGCGACGUUUCUGAUCUUAUGUGAGGUACAUAAUAAUGAUCUGGGUGACGUAGUUGUUAAAUUUCAGGAGGGUGCUCUUCUAGUAUUGCAAUUAGGCUCAGCCUGGGUCUGUGCAUAGAAAACAUGUUCCACCUCACCUUGCCAUGGCUGACCAACAGCUGAGGAGCUUGUGAAUGCCAUAAAUAGCUCUCGGCCUUGGAGCUCAAGGGAUCUCAUGUUAGGGUUAAAAAGAUUGUAUGUUCCACAAAAAGGUUUAUGUACAUAGUUAAUGUGUGUUUAUUUUAUUGCUGAUCUUGUUGCACUUUCUGAGCAAGCCUUGUAAAAGUAGAUUAUUUAUUAUAUUAAAGGAGAUACAUUAUUAUACAUUAUGGCAUUUCAUGUUAAAGCAUAACAUAGAAAAUAUUAUCCUCUCUGUUGCAGACAGCUACACUAACCAUGAUGCACAUAGCAUAUGGAGAUUACUGGCUAGUUCUGUCUUUCUGUCUUAAAAUAGUCCAAACCUCCUGAAUUGAGGGCAGACCUACUUUGCUCCUGUGCCACCAGAAGGCAUCCAGCCUGCUGGUGCCCCUGCAGCACAGCUCCUCCCACUGUGCCACUGAACAUCCUCCUGGGGCUCCAGUAGAACAGCUCCCUUGUGUAAAUGAAUGUUACUCUGCCUGUCUUUCCUCUUGCUUUGUCUGCAGGCGAGCUGAUACCGAUGGCUCCUCCCGUCCAGACAGUCCUCCACUCUUGCUUGAUCUAUGAUUUGUCCCGUCUUGCCGGCCGUUUGCUUUACUGCUGUCUCUUUACUUUUCCAGGACGGGGUAAACGAUGACUUCUUUUUGUAAGAAGCAAACGCUUAAUUUCUUUCUGAUUUUUAUGCUCUGUGUGUUAAUGCCCUACUUCAUAUGAGACAAAACAUCUGCCUUUGGUUUCAUAAUCUGUAAAUGGUUCCUGGUGUUGACCUUUGAGCACAGCCAGUCGAUUCCCGAAACCAUGGUCAUUACUGAGCAUCACAUGCACCUGCUGUAAAAAUGUUCUGCUGCAUUUCUGAACCUGAAAUAAACUGUAAUUCUUGAUGGGCUUUUAUUAUUACUUUCUGGAUGUGCAUGAGUGGUCUUCUGUCUCUCGCACCAUCAUCUCAGCAUUCCACACUCUGCCUGGGUCGGGACUGCAGGGAGGAUUUAUCAGAGAUGUGUGUUGCAUCUGGAUCACUGGAGAUGUCAUUAAAGGGGAGACAGGGAAGAUGUAACCCUUUGGGAAACAUUCAGCCUGUUCCCUUGCAAGGGGCUUGGAGUGCUGCAGAGAUGUUUUGCUGGGAAAUGGAUGAAUGUUUUUCAAGCAGUACCUGGGAUUCACUUCAUUGCUGGGGAAAGCACGUUUUGGGGAGAUUCAGAGCUAAGCAGAAGGCUAGACUGAGUCCUCCAGAGUGGGAGCUGGAGUUAAAAUGUGCCUGUGUAUGUGUUAUGUCUGGAAGGGAUUUCCCCCUAAAGUGGUUGUGUAUGAAUGUGCAGAUGUCUUGAUUACUCAGUUCCUCCUUCAGAUCAGUAUGAGCCAAGUAGCUGCAGUCGGUGCUUGGAGAUGGUCUCUAUGGCACAACAGCUUCCUGUGGGAGCACUGCAGUCGCUGAGUUGGUCCUUAGGUUUUGGGAAAGUAGGGAGCAAAAGGUGGGAUGAGCAAAGCAGGAACACCCUCGUUGUAUUCCCUUGGUUGCUGUAAUGUUUGGAGGUGUGUCAUCAGUGGCUGUUCCUGAGGGCAGUGUGUGCACUCCCCCUCAGUGAACAGCAGCGUCACACGUGUCCCCUCUGGCUGAGUACCUUACGUACCCCACAGGAGUUUGGUUACAGGCAUUUGGAGUUUGGUUCAGCUUUGGUCAGAGCUGAGUCCUUUGUGCUGGGUAACAGGAGGAGCGUCUGCUCCUCUCCAACCACUUCACUGGGCCAUUGCUGCCAAGGGUCUCCUGCUAUGCUUGGCAGGUGCCAUCACCCACAUUUUUAACUUUUCCCAGCAACGUCCCCUCCAGAUACCCCAAUCCACCCUGCAGGCCAUCCUGUUUGAUCAUUCCCCAUUUCAUCAGAAUCUCUACUGCAAGAACAGUGUUUGAAGCAGAUAGUGGUGAGAAUUUUAAAGCUGGCUGGGGAAGAGCUCUUCCAGAGGAUAUUAUUUGCUGCAAGAAAAUUAGAAAGCCUGUGACCAGCGACCUCCACACCUGUGAUGUGAUUGUCCCAGUUCUCUGGCGCCAGCAAGUCAGAUGGGAAGUGGUGAGGAUGAAAGCUGAGGCUGUGCUGAUGGCCAGCUGAUUCUAAUCUCACUCUUGCUCUUUUCUUUAAUAUACAUGUUCUGUGCCUUUUUCUCUUAACUCAUUUAAUUAAGAUAAUUUUGUGUAUGAGUAUUUUUAUUAUAUCUUGACCUUUUGUUUUAAAUCUCUCCCCUCUGUGAAUUUUGGGUUAUUUUUUGUUUUUUUCCUAGGCGACCUCCACGAGCUGUUCCAGGAAGAUCAUCCUAACACACACAUUUCUUUUGUGUUACAUGCAAGGUCUUUUUUUAUUUUUUUUUUGUCCAAAAUUACCUUUAAUUUGCACUAGCCUACUUGUAAAUGAAAGAUUUUAUUUUCGGAUGUCAAUGAUAAGCCUGGAUGUAAAGCAAAUAAAAUUCUGACUACAAAA